UUUUUGCUAGCUGCCAUUUUAUUGAUUUUUUCGGUCGCCUUACGUACCCAUGGAGACUUUGUUGGCGCAUUCGUUCGACUACCUAUCUUCGUACGAACCAAGCAAAGUUCGCAAAGGGUUGCGCCAGGUUGAAGGUCUUCUCGCGCAAAUCUGUUUAUCUAAGUCGAAACAGCCGGCGUCUGAUAAACGGAGGUCAUUACUAUCCUUUGGAGCUCCACAACCUGUUCCCAAGGCUCUGUCCGAACUAAAAGAUGACCCCGCAUUUAGAGAAUUUUUCAAGCUUCAAGAAGGGUUCCAAUGGAAUGUUGCAAUGCGCUUGGUAACCUGCCUUGAGCACCUACUUGGUCGAGGAAGCAAUGGCACAAAUGACCUUCUUAUACUCUCGACACUUGACUUAAUACAAGGCGCGCUUCUGCUCCACCCGCCAUCGCGAACACUGUUCGCGCGCGAAAUUUAUAUGAACAUACUGUUGGAUCUUCUGGACCCGAUCAACUGCCCCGCGAUUCAGUCUGCUACCCUGCUCACUCUUGUAACGGCUCUUUUGGACCAUCCCGCCAACACGCGCACGUUUGAGGAGCUCGACGGACUGCUCACAGUGACAUCACUCUUCAAGCAGCGCGCAACAUCUCGUGAAGUUAAACUCAAACUCGUCGAGUUCCUCUACUUCUAUCUGAUGCCGGAAACACCGAUGAUCCCUGCGGGAGCAGGCGUCAGCGCGGUGAAUGCAGCGGCUGUCGGACUGCAGCGCAGUCCAACCAAGUUAGGGGGGGCAAGGCCAAGGAGUGCCAAUGGACCAGGAGCUCACCAUAGCGGAAGGGGAAAUAGAGAUACGCGCACGACGGAUGAGAAGCAAGCACUGCUCGGAAGGUAUCUCAACAAUGUGGAGGAUCUAGUUGAAGAUCUAAAAGAAACCGCGCCUUUUGGAGCAACAGUUUACUAGCAUGAGCGGCGUCCUGAACUUCUCUUUUAUUAUUCCCUCCUUCCUUUCUUUGGCUUUUCCCUUUCCUCUUCUUUCCUUUUCAUUGAGCAAUGGAGCGUGCAUGGAAUGGUAUUGUUGGCUGGUCUCUCUGUGUUUUGCAUGAUUCCUCGCGCUGAAUUAUCCUUUCCUUCUUUUCUUCUUCUCCCUCUUUCCUUCUUCUCCCUCUUUCCUUCUCUCCUUCCAUUCUAUCUCCAACCCCCUUCCUGUCUUUAUGACCCUCUCUCUGACUUACCAUUCUCUCCCCGUCUGGCACGGCGUCUGGAUCGAGAAUGUGGAUGAAUUCUCUUUUUCCUGCUUUUUCUGUCAUGUCAUCCUUUCCUUUCUUUUUCUCUACGACUUAUGGGUCAUUUUGAUGCAUCAUGUAUCAUGUUUUGGGCGGACUUUAAGAGCAAUGACUACUUUUGAAUGAUCAUAUCAAGCUGAAAAUAGGAUAUCGCCAUAAUCACUGGAAUUCCAUGCCACA